AAUGAGUUUAAGAAGAUUUCGAAGUGGAGGUAUGCAUGCAAAUUCAGAAGAAGAUUACUUAAAUGUAUGAUUUUUAGAAAUUUCUUUUAGAAAAUUGUUAAGGUUGAGAAAUAAUAAAAGCAAUAAACUUAUUGCUAAGUUGAUGAAUACUUUGAUGAUUUCAUUGUAAAUUCAUAAUUUACUUUUGAUUGCAUCCAGCAGCCUCAACUACCAGAGAUCACUUAAAAAUCUCAUUUCAUUUUAAUUAUGAUUGAUGACCUGUAAUUAAGUCCAAGAAGACUUUAAAAUAUGAUAGAAUACAGUAAAUUAAUGUUUAAAUUAUUUGUAGCAGACAAUUGUGACACAAUGACCCAAAGUACAAAUGACGAUUCCUCAACAUGGAGUCCAUAAAUUAUGAAUUAUGAUUGCAUAGUUCAUUCUUAUAAAUCAGAUUAUGUAAAUCACUUAUUUAACAUAUGGAUAAUAAAUACUCCGAAUAUCAAUUCAACUUUUAAAAGUAUAUAAAUAAUCAAUAUAAGAUUGCUAUUUCCAAUUAUUUGAAGCAUUUAUAUGCGUAAAUAAUGUUAAAAGCAUUGAAUUUAAUAACAUUUUUGAAAAAAUCAAAGAAAUAAAUAGUAAUGUUCAAUAAUUCCAUAUGAAGGAAUAUGAUGAAGUAACUAUUAUUAUAUUAUAUUAUGUUAGGCUUCUCCAGAAAGAAAACAAAUCAGUAAUAUUUAAUAGAUAUUAAAAUCCUUGAUCGAUUCAAGGAAUUAAUGAU